CAGUCUCACUCGCUUGCUCGGGUCGGGACGUCGGGUGCCUGCCGCGCUGUGCGCCCGCCGCUUUUGGGCCGCGCUUUUCAAUUCAAUUCCUCUGCGGCAAAGAGCGGCCGAUCGAGGAGCAAUGGCCACCGGCGGGGAGAAGCGGGCGGCGCUGCUGCGGCAGAUAACGGAGGAGGGCGGGUUCGCGUUCGUGGCCUCGGCGGAGAAGGCGGCCGCGGGGGACCUCCGCGCGGCCGAGGCGGCGCGGGAGAUGGCGUGGGAGCAGCUGCACUCGGCGCCCCGUGCCGAGGCCGGCGCCGCCGCGUGGCGGGACGCCUACGCGCUCGCCUGCCUCCACGUCGCCGGCCUCCGCGCCGCCGCCGGCGACCGCAGCGCCGCGCUCCGGGCGCUCGACAUGGGGCUCAUCAUGGGUGGGGGCCUCCUACGCGCCGAGCUCGACGACGCCAUCGCGGGGCUCGGCCGCGGCGAGGCGGCCGCGGUCCCGGUCGCCGAUGGGGAUGUGCAGAGGUGGGAGGAAGGGAUCGCGCGGGGCCGAGACCUUGCCGAUGUACUGAAACUUCUGCCAGUGAAUUCCCUAUCUUGUAAGCAAAUUGAGAGGCGAUCAUGCAUUUCAUUGGAGGCAUUUAUACGUGAUUACUUUUUAUGUGAGUCCCCUGUUAUACUCAGUGGAUGCAUUGAGCAUUGGCCUGCAAGGACAAAGUGGAAGGACAUAAAGUACCUACAGAGUAUAGCUGGAGAUCGGACUAUUCCUGUUCAGGUUGGAAAAAAUUAUGCAUGUACUGAGUUGAAACAGGAGCUUAUCACAUUUUCUCAAUUUCUUGAGAGGAUGUGGUCAAGUGAUUCUGCAAACUUGGCUUGUUUAGCGCAGCAUCAAUUGUUUGACCAGAUAAAGGAGCUCCACGAAGACAUUUCUGUUCCUGAGUACUGUUUAGCUGGCGGUGGCAAACUCCAGUCACUUAAUGCUUGGUUCGGUCCUCAUGGGACAAUAACUCCAUUGCAUCAUGACCCACAUCACAACCACCUUUUUGCUCAGGUUUUGGGAAGGAAGUAUGUUAGACUCUAUCCUGCCUCUAUAUCCGUGGGCCUAUACCCUAACCCAGAAAGCAUGCUAAGCAAUACUAGUCAGAUUUUCUUCUGGACGCCCUGGCAACCUAUCUUUAUUGGAACCCUCAUGUUCAACUUUGCUUCGUUACAAUCCAAAUCCAUUCAUAGCGUUGUGAUCCUGAAGCUCUGCACCGCCAAUAAGGUAGAUCUUGACAACAUUGAUGAAAAAGAGCACCCGAAGACUGCAGCUCUUGAAUUCAUGGAUUGCAUAUUGGAGGAAGGUGACCUGCUUUACAUUCCCCCAAAAUGGUGGCAUUACGUGAGAUCUCUUUCUAUUAGCUUUUCUGUUAGCUUUUGGUGGCGAACGUCAGAUCUUCCUUCAGGAAGUUCAUAAUUGCUAUUGUUUUGACAAUUUUGAUCAUCCAUGAUGUUUCUAUCAUCAGAUUGGUAGAGACCUAAUAAAACUUUAUUGCGCCCAUGUUUCAUGGUCUGCUGUUGUGUUUGUUGAGCCCAUGUUUCUAUCAUCAUUGGGUUU